UGAAUCGAAAAUGAUCAGCAGAUGUCAUUUUUCAGUACCGUUCUCGCUUCAGUUUCGCACCAUUCUCCGUUUUUCUUCAAGAAAAGUUGCUAAUUCCAGUUAAUUUCCUGAAUCAUGUCCGGUGUCAAACCGGAGGACUGCUUCACCUGCCUACGGCGGACGGACAACUUCCUGUGCAUCACCGAGCGGGACGAGGUGAGUGGCGAAAAUGUCGAAGCCGUCUUCGCGAAGCACUUCUGGUUCAACCAGGCCGAGUAUCGGAACAAAUCGGUGUGCACCAGCUGCUGGGAGAAGAUCGACGAUUUCCACAAGUUCUACUGCGAGGUGGAACGGGUUCAUACCCCGGCGGCAACGGCGAUGCUCGAGUUGGUCAAAACCGAAACGAUCGAUUGCGACGGGAUAGAGGUGGAAAUGCAUGUGAAGGAAGUGGAUCUUGAGGAGAGAGGUGAAGUAUUUGCCAUGGAAAUGCAUAAGCUGGAAGUGAAGGAAGAAGAAGGAGAAGAUGAAAAACCUUUAGCGAAUAAUGAUGGUGAAGAAGAAGCCAGUUCGGACGAUGAUCGCGAUGAUCACGAGGAGCAGGAUGAUACGAACUGGAAAGCGCCGGUAACAUCGGAUAGUGGAUCGGAUUCGGAUAUUCCGCUGGCGCGGCGUUUGGCAUCCAGAAAGAGGAAACGGGUGUUCAAAAAGCGAGUCUUCAAGAAGCCGAAGCUCAGAAAAGAGAAAGCUGACAAUGAGGAAAUGAACGACUUUAUUCGUUCGCAGAUGGACAUCACCUGCCAUAAGUGCGCCGAAUUGGGCAUAGAAAACGAGGAGGUAUUCGAAUCGUUCUACCGUUUGAGAGUCCAUUUCAAGAUGUGUCACGAUACGUACGGGUACGUGUACUGCUGCAACCGAAAAUGGGCUUCAAAGACUGGAUUGGUGGAACAUCUGAGGAAUCAUGAGCCGAUGAAGGAUGAUCAGAGCCGAUGUGUGGAAUGCAACUGCAUUUUCAAAGACAAGAGCAGCUACGCAAAUCACAUGUUCCUGGUGCACACUCCAGAUGAUCAGAAACAAUUCAAAUGUGAUCGCUGCGAGAAAGCCUUUGCUGCGGAAGAUCUACUGAACAGUCACAUCACGUGGCACGAGGAAGUCGAGAAGAGAAAUCAUCGUUGUCAGAUCUGCAACAAAUAUUUCAUCAGCUCGAGGAACUUAGAGAAUCACAAUCUAAACCAUCAUCAGUUCGGCGAAAGCUCGAACCAGGAUAUGUCUAUGGGCGAGGCGGGCCUAGAGUUGGACGAGUCGUCCAAAUCUUCCAGACUUAAGCGAACCGCAGAGGAUUUGGCCAAAGAGGACGAUUUGAUCAAACAGUUCGUGGCUUUGAAUUGUUCCAAAUGUGACUUCGUCGGCGAAACGUUCAACAAACUAUCCUAUCACGCCCUAAAGAAGCAUAACAUGAACACCCAUUCGGUUAUCUGCUGUGAUAAGAAGUUCGGAAAGCGUCAGCGACUGUACGAACAUUGCUUGCGCCACUUGAACCCAGAUCAUUUCAAAUGCGACAUCUGCGGAAAAACGUACGCCGACAGCUCCGGGUUGCAAAUUCAUAAGUGGUGGAUUCACACGCCGAUCUCGGAGCGGCCUUUCAAGUGCGACAUCUGUGGAGCUGCCUUCGUCAAGGAUUAUCUCCUAAAGCAGCAUACCAAGUGGCAUGUGAACAAGGAACGCAAAACGCACUUUUGCGAUAUUUGCAAUCGCUCUUAUUCGAACUCGAUGCAGCUGAGGGCUCACCAGCAGAAGAAGCAUGGCGCCGUAUGUGAUUGGGUUUGCGACAUUUGUGCGAAAGGUUUCAUACACCGCUCGUUGCUGGAGGAACAUCGGCUGACGCACACCGAGGAAGGGCUGGCCAGUCUGAAGAUGCAAUGCGAAAAGUGCCAGCGAUGGUUGAUCAACAAGAAAAGCUACUUGCGCCACCGAAGGCGAUGCCUGGAUACGAGCGGGCCGGUUACGUGCGACAUCUGCGGCAAAGAGUCGGUCAAUGAGGCCGCCCUAAUGGGACACAAGAAUUUCCACCACUCCAAACGGCCACUUUUCCGGUGUACUUUCUGCGGGAAGGAAUGCAAGACGCAGCUACGUUUGAAGGAACACGAAGCAACCCAUACGGGGGUGGUUUUGUAUCAGUGUCCGCACUGUCCGAGGACCUCAAACUCCAGCUCUAACAUGUACACGCACAAGAAGACGGCGCACCCGGAGCAGUGGGCCGAGGAGGUGUCGCAGCGGCACUACACUAGAUAAGCAUGGAAUAAACAUAAAUUUGUAGAUACUAUUAUUGUCAAUAAAUUAGCGAAAAACGCAAUUUCGAAGGAUUAAA